AGAGAGAAGAGCGCGAUAAAAUUCGAUUCGAGGCAUGAAAACGGCGCUGUUUGGAAACUGCGAUUAAAAGAAUGCGUUUUAAGGAAACCGUGGUGGUCCGAACAUGAACGAUAACUCGGCGGUUUUAAUGCCGCAGGGGCUUCCGGCGGCUUGGGACACUGUGACUGCAGCACUGGUAUCUCCAUCCACACCCCCUCCUGUUACUGAUGAGUCUGUUUCUGAGGCUCUGACCCUGCUGUGUAAGAAAGGCCUGGGUCAGUAUGUGGAAGGUUGGCUGCUGGAGACACUGCAGGUUUCUUUGGCGUCCCACGUGGCUCCGGAGUUCUGGGCUGGACUUCAGCAGCCGGAGGCCGAAACGCAAGAGAGAGCCCGAGCCGUAGCACUUUUGGAAGCCUUUAGGACCCUGCUGCGGCGGCUCCAACCUUUUCUCUGUGGUCUUGAGCGACUCGGUACGUGGCAGGACGAGGGUCGAGCAGGUCUGCUUGGACCCGGAGCCCACGGCCUGCGAGAGAGGGCGUUCUCCAUCAUCCGUGCCAUCCUCCUGUUUUCUCCACCUCCAGUGUUACAGCAGCGCGUCCUGGAGUUCUACAGCCGCACCUUCUCCGUGUACAUGAGCCAGAUGGAAGAGCAGAUCGAGGCUGAUGACGUGGCAGCAGAGAGCGUUGGGAAUGAUACGUGCACUGGUUGCGCCGCCGCACAACAGGUCUGCUGGUGCCAAGAUGCUCUGGAGCAGCUGCAAGAGUUUAGUCACAUCCUCUCCAGACUGCAGCUAUUGGAAAGAGUGAGCUCUGAGGCUGUGACCAACAUUUUGCACCGCCUGAUCGAGCAGAGGAUGGAGCAGCGCUGCAGAGGCGAAUACGAAAGAUCCUUCCUUUCAGACUUCAAUGAGUGGUUAGAGCAGGUCCUUGGUUGGCUCAGUAGGGUCUUUGCGAGCGAGGUAGGCGAGGCCGGAAGCAACACUUUGCCAACAGAUGGGAUGUUAGAUUACGUUGGUAGUACCAUCCUCCAGCGCUGGCGCUGUCAUAUGCAGCAGUUCUUCUGCCGCAUCUAUGUCAACAUGAGGAUUGAGGAGCUUUUCAGCAUCAUUCGAGAUUUCCCAGAAUCCACCCCUGCUGUUGAAGAUCUGAAGUUCUGUCUGGAGCGGACCAAUCAAAGACAGCAACUCCUUACCUCUCUCAAAUCUGCUUUUGAGACGCGUCUGUUGCACCCAGGAGUUCAUACAUCUGACAUAAUAACUGUCUACAUCUCAGCCAUUAAAGCUUUACGGGAACUUGACCCCUCCAUGGUCAUUCUUCAGGUGGCCUGCCAACCCAUUCGCAAAUACCUAAGAACACGUGAGGACACGGUGCGUCAGAUUGUCGCAAGUCUAACGGGUGACACUGAGGGCUGUAGCGAGUUAGCCAGUGAGCUCUCUCGGGCUGACCCUGUUACCCUGGAAACACAGGAUAGUGAGGAUGAGGGAAGUGAUCCAGAGGAGUGGACCCCUGACCCUACUGAUGCCCUAACAGUAGAUAAGACAGGCUCUAAGCGGCGCUCCUCAGACAUCAUCAGUCUUCUGGUGAGCAUCUUUGGCAGUAAGGAGAUCUUCAUUGAUGAGUACAAAACUGUGCUGGCAGACAGGCUGCUGCACCAGCUCAACUACAACACAGCCAGGGAGAUUCGGAAUGUGGAGUUGCUGAAGCUGAGGUUUGGAGAGUCCCAUAUGCAUUACUGUGAGGUCAUGCUGAAGGAUGUGGCGGAUUCCCGGCGGAUUAACACUAACAUUCACGAAGAAGAGGCUCGUUUGCCCGAGGAAGAGCAGCCUUCUGUUCCUCUUUCGGCCAUGAUCCUGUCCUCAGAGUUCUGGCCUCAGCUCAAAGAGGAGAAGUUGGAACUGCCUGCUGCCAUCUCCAAAUCGAUGGAGACCUACACACACCGCUUUGAAAAGCUCAAGGCUAUGAGGACUCUGAGCUGGAAGCCUCACUUGGGAUCGGUAACUCUGGACGUGGAGCUGGAGGACCGCACGCUUACCAACCUCUCCGUGUCUCCCAUCCACGCUGCCAUCAUCCUACACUUCCAGGAAAAGGGCACAUGGGCCCUGGAAGAGCUGAGCGGAGUUCUGGGUGUGCCCCAGGAGCUUUUGCGCAGAAAGCUAGCGCUAUGGCAGCAGCACGGCGUGCUCCAGGAGGAGUCACCAGGCCGAUACAGCGUCCUCGAGAAGGCCUCCAGCCGCGAACGGCCUGACCGAGGCAUCAUGCUCAUAGACAGCGACGAAGAGGGAGACUCCAACACCACCACUCAGUCGGAGCAGAGGGAGGAGAAGCUGCAGUUGUUCUGGGCCUACAUUCAGGCCAUGCUGACCAAUCUGGAGAGCAUGACCCUGGAGAGGAUUCACUCCAUGCUGCGCAUGUUUGUGGCUACAGGGCCCGGCGUCACCGAGAUGGACGUCAACGAGCUGCAGGCUUUCCUGCAGAAAAAAGUGCGAGAUCACCAGCUGAUCGUCUCAGCCGGAGUGUACAGACUUCCCAAAACUACUCAGUAAAGCCGGACAGACAAAGUUCAUCUGCUUGGAUCGUUUUUCACAAAUAAUAAAAUGCUGAGUUGUUUAG